AGUCUACUCGUGCAUAGAAGUGUUAAAACCACAUCCGACUCGAUUCAAUCCGAAAAAUAUUGAAUUCAAAUUUUGACUCGCGUGGACAUUUAACAUGACUCAAUUUUAAAAUUGGACCCGACCCCACCUCAUUGAACCCAAUCUGAACAUUCGAAUUAACAUUUUUAUGUGCAAUUUUUUGGGAGGAAAAAAAAAAAUAAAUCCAAAACUCCAUAGAGCUCUGAACUCCCAGUCAGGCAGUCACACUCACUCACUCACUGACUAAUCGAAAACCCGAAAUGCAGUGCGCAACCACUCCCCCACAAUUCACCUCACCCACCACCCACUUCACCACGCGCCGCCCUCUCCUCCGCCGCCAUUCUCUCUCCUACACCCGCGCCACAAUGUCCACCACCAUCGAACACAUCGUCCUCUUCAACAUCAAACCCACCGCAAACACCACCCAACUCUCCACCAUGCUCACCGCUCUCAACUCUCUCACCACUCUCCCCAUGGUCCUCCACCUCUCCGCCGGCAAACUCCACCGGAACCGCUCUUCCUCCCUCUCCUUCACCCACUUACUCCACUCUCGUUACCGCACCAAACAAGACCUUGCCGACUACUCCUCUCACCCCGAUCAUCUAUCCGCUGUUCGAACCUGCGUUUUGCCCAUUUGUGAUGACCUUAUGGCCGUCGAUUGGGUCGCCGAGAAUCUCGAUGGUCCGAUUGGGGUUAAACCUGGAUCCGCCAUUAGAGUUCAGUUGAUUAAGCUUAAAGAAGAUGUUGAAGAGGGGAAAAAGGGGGAAGUUAUUCAAGUGAUUAGCGGAUUGAAGGGGAGUUUUAGCGGAAUUGAACAAUUGACUGUUGGUGAGAAUUUUUCGCCGGAGAGAGCUAAAGGGUUUGAGAUUUGCUCAAUUGGGGUUUUUGGUGGGAUUCAUGAAUUGGAUUCUUUGGAGACGAAUUCUGAUAUUGGUAAUGAGAAAGAUAAGGUAAGGGAUUCUAUUGAUUCUCUUGUUAUUGUUGAUUAUGUUGUUCCGAAUCGACCGGCUAGUGUUUGAUUCAUGAUUUCAAGAUCAUAUAUUAACAUUUUGAUCAUGUAAUAUUGGCAGCAUUUUAUGGGUGUUUCACUGCCUGUUCAUUACAAGACUUGUAAAUUGUAACUCAACACUGGAGGUGUUUAAGCCUUUUAAGAUA